AUGAAGAUACUCAGCUGGAAUUGCCGGGGUUUGAGCAGCCCGCGUGCAAUUCCUAAUCUAAAGAAAUUGGCUCAACGAUAUCAACCGGAUAUCAUAUUUCUUUCUGAAACCUUAGCCAAAUCAAGGAAGUUAGAAUCUAUUCGCAUUUUGUUAAAAUAUGAAGCUUGUCUGGCGGUGGACGUCGAGGGCAGAAGCGGCGGUCUUGCUGUCCUGUGGAAACAUAACAGUACGUGCAGCAUCGUGAAUUAUUCCCGAAACUUUAUUAAUCUCCAUGUUAAAGAAGAUAAUAAAGAAGAGUGGAGAUUGACCUGUUACUACGGGUAUCCUGAAAGAAGCAGAAGGAGACUAGCUUGGGAGCUGCUACGUGAGUUACAUGGCUCUUCGAACUUACCGUGGUGUAUCAUCGGUGAUUUUAACGAUUUGUUAUCCCAAGCCGACAAAGUGGGUCUGCAUCCUCAUCCUAACUGGUUGUGUGCCGGUUUUCAGCAAGUGGUAAGUGACUGCAAUUUAGUCGAUAUCCCGAUUGAAGGACAUCAAUUUACAUGGGUGAAGAGUAGAGGUACCGAACAUAUGAUCGAGGAGAGAUUGGACAGAGCAUUAUCGGACAUGGUUUGGCUCCAAUUAUUUCCUAAUGUUAAGCUCUUGAAUCUUAUUGCGUCUCACUCGGACCAUAGCCCCAUUAUGCUAGACUGCGACCCUAAGCAACAUGUAAAGCGGAAUUUUACGUUUCGCUUUGAAAACAAGUGGCUGAACGAAGUUGGUAUUACUGAAACGGUACAAGAUGGUUGGAAGGGGGGAGGAGCUGGAAAUAGAACAUCGUAUUACUAA